GCUCACUACACCCUGCGAUUCUGCUCAGCCACAGCGCAAUUGCGUAUCCACUGUCACCAAUCAGCCACUCGGUUCAUCGUUCGCCAUGCCGGGCGCAGGGACGUACAUCAAGGCCAUCGGAGCCGGCGCCGCUCUAGUCAUAGGUGGACCAGCACUCGUCUGGUACGUGACACCAACAGAGGAGGAGAUCUUCAAGAAAUACAACCCAGACCUCCAGAAGCGAGCCCUAGCUCAGCGUGAGUCCCGACAGCAAGACUUUGAGGAUUUCGUCACGCACUUGAAGGAGGCGGCAAAGUCAGACAAACCCAUUUGGAUUGCACAGAAGGAGAUGGACCAAAAGCGCGCUCUUGAGAAGAACCAGCGCAUGAGAGACGAACAGGCCAGCUUCCUCGCGGAGGCAGAGAGGCGACGAGCAGAGAUCCGGUCGAGCUCGCAGUAACAGAGUCGAUCUGUCCAUGUUGUCGUUCAAAUCUGUAUAAUGGUGUACAUCAAUUCUGUGCUUCUUCGCUCUUGUUCUUGGUCUCUUUGCCUGUUCUUGGCUCUUGCUGACUGAGUGUGCUGGUGGUCGUUUUCGCCUAUCUUGUGUCGACUAACACAGCAUUCCCGCAGCUGAUGCGGGCUGCUCUCGAAUGUCUUCGUGGACAAUGAAAGAACCUUACAGAAUUAACAAGUACGCUGGGAUAUUGAUCCAAUGCGUGAAAGCAGUGGCGGGAAAGGACCUCUUUAGAUCCCACCCAUCAGACUAUCAGCGCCUGUCGCUUUCCGGUGUACUUGCCUCCAAGAGCCGCGUCCUUGCACAAAUACUACAUAGUCUCCGUAAUCAACGCUCU